AUGGGGUCGCAGACGCUGCAGAUCCUCCGGCAGGGGGUGUGGGCCGCGCUCAGUGGCGGCUGGUACUACGACCCGCACCAGGCCACCUUCGUGAACGCGCUCCACCUCUACCUGUGGCUCUUUCUGCUCGGCCUGCCCUUCACGCUUUACAUGGCCCUUCCUUCUUCCAUGAUUAUAGUAGCAGUUUAUUGUCCCGUGGUAGCUGCUGUUUUCAUCGUUCUGAAGAUGGUCAACUAUCGACUACACAGAGCACUUGAUGCUGGAGAAGUUGUAGAUAGGCGUACAAAUGAGUUCCCAGACCAACGAGCCAAAGCCGAACAAGGCAACUGUUCAACAAGGAGGAAAGACAGCAAUGGUCCAAGUGAUCCUGGUGGAGGGAUUGAGAUGUCAGAAUUCAUUCGAGAGGCCACACCUCCGGUUGGUUGCAGUUCAAGAAAUUCUUAUGCUGGUCUGGACCCAAGCAAUCAGAUUGGAUCCGGAUCCUCUCGCCUUGGAACAGCAGCAACUAUUAAAGGAGACACAGACACUGCUAAGACUUCUGAUGACAUAAGCUUAAGUCUGGGCCAGAGCUCCAGUCUCUGUAAAGAAGGAAGUGAAGAACAAGAUUUGGCGACUGAUCGCAAGCUCUUCCGCCUGGUCUCCAAUGACUCCUUCAUCUCUAUCCAGCCUUCCUUGUCCUCUUGUGGACAGGACUUACCAAGGGACUUCAGUGACAAAGUGAGCCUGCCAAGUCAUAGCCAGCACCACCAUGUCGAUCAGUCCCUGUCCAGUGCCUGUGACACAGAAGUGGCUUCUCUCGUACCUUUACAUUCACACUCUUACAGGAAAGAGCACCGGCCACGAGGAGUACCACGGACUUCCAGUUCUGCUGUGGCUUUUCCUGAUGCCUCUCUGAAUGACUUUCCUCUCUACCAGCAGAGACGGGGAUUAGACCCAGUCAGUGAGUUAGACUCUUCUAAGCCUCACUCUGGGUCUAGAGAGUCUUUAGUAGAGAAGUCCUGCCCACCUGCAGAAUUUCAGCCUGCUGGUGACCUGAGGAAAAGUAAUUCUCAGCCACCCACAAAGUGUGGGAAGAGCAGAGCACUGAACGCUGACAAAAGUGUGGACAGCCUGAGGAGCCUGAGCACACGGAGUAGCGGGUCCACCGAGAGCUACUGCAGCGGGACCGACAGGGACACCAACAGUACUCUGAGCAGCUAUAAAAGUGAGCAGACCAGCUCCACUCACAUCGAGAGCAUCGUGUCUGAGCACGAGGAGUCUCCCAAAGUGGGAAAGAGGAAUGCCAGGAAGAAGGGCUGCUCUGACUCAGCAGAAGAGAGGCGCCACGGUGCUGGUGACCAAAGGACUAGCAGUGACAAGACUGCCCCAGAGGGGAGUGAAUCUGGUGGGCCUCCUGAGGACCCAGAUGCUCAGGCAUCCGGGGAGGCACCUGACCAGGUUGCUCCUAGCAGCUCUGCAUCAGAAGAUGCCAAUAAAAACCCCCAUGCAAAUGAGUUUACUGUCCCCGGGGAUAGGCCAUCUGAGCAGAGUGCAGAGAGCAGAGAGGAGCAGAGUGAGAAGCCGAGCAUUUCCACAGACCCCAGAGUUUGUAGAGACAGUGGUGGGAAGCAGAAGGAAGGUGAUGUCCGACCCAAGUCCUCCAGCGUAAUCCACCGGACAACCUCUGCGCACAAGCCAGGCAGAAGGCGCGCAGGAAAGAAACGGGCCAGCAGCUUUGACUCCAGUCGCCAUCGGGACUAUGUUUCCUUCCGAGGAGUCUCUGGCAGCAAGCCUCACAGUGCUGUGUUUUGUCACGACGAGGACUCUAGUGAUCAAAGUGAUUUGAGCAGAGCACCAAGUGUGCAUUCUGCUCACCAGUUCAGCAGCGAUAGCUCUUCCAGCGCCACCUCUCAUUCGUGCCAGUCUCCUGAGGGCAAAUACAGUGCCCUCAAGACCAAACAUGGCCAUAAGGACCGGAGCACAGACUCGGACCACACACACAGAGCUCAUGCAGGCCCAGAGGGAACCGCCAAAAAGAGGGCCACUCGAAGGACUUCCAGCACAAAUAGUGCCAAGACGCGGGCUCGGGUGCUGAGCUUGGAUAGUGGCACUGUGGCCUGUCUGAAUGACACAAACAGGCUGCUGGCACCUGAAAGUAUAAAGCCCUUAACCACUUCAAAGUCAGAUCUUGAGGCCAAAGAGGGAGAGGUGCUAGAUGAGCUGUCUUUGCUGGGCCGGGCUUCCCAGUUAGAGACAGUCACUCGGUCUAGGAAUAGUCUGCCAAGCCAGGCUGCCUUUCCUGAAGGGGAAGAACAAGAUGCAGCCCCUGGAGCAGCACAGGCCAGCGAGGAGGCAGUGGCCUUUCGCCGUGAACGCAGCACAUUUAGGCGCCAAGCAGUACGGCGCCGGCACAAUGCAGGGAGUAACCCUACCCCUCCUACCUUGCUCAUCGGAUCGCCCCUAAGCCUUCAAGAUGGUCAGCAAGGCCAGCAGUCCACAGCCCAGGUCAAAGUCCAGUCCCGCCCCCCAUCCCAGGCUGCAGUGCUCAGUGCUAGUGCCUCCUUGCUGGUGAGAAAAGGGAGUGUCCACUUAGAAGCCUCACAUGACCAUGCAUCUGCUGUAGGCGGCAGCAGUUUGCACGAUGAACUUGGUAAGUUCUCAUCUACGCUCUACGAGACUGGUGGUUGUGACAUGUCACUUGUGAAUUUCGAACCAGCAGCAAGAAGAGCAUCCAACAUCUGUGACACGGAUUCUCAUGUAUCAAGUUCUACCUCAGUUCGAUUUUAUCCACAUGAUGUGUUUUCUCUCCCACAGAUUCGGUUGAACAGGCUGUUGACCAUUGACACAGAUCUGUUGGAGCAGCAGGACAUUGAUCUAAGCCCUGACUUGGCAGCCACUUAUGGCCCCACUGAAGAAGCUGCCCAAAAAGUUAAGCACUAUUACCGCUUUUGGAUCCUACCCCAGCUGUGGAUUGGUAUUAACUUUGACAGACUCACACUUUUGGCGCUGUUUGAUAGAAACCGUGAGAUCCUGGAGAAUGUAUUAGCUGUUGUCCUGGCUAUUCUUGUGGCUUUUUUGGGAUCCAUUCUUCUCAUCCAAGGCUUCUUCAGAGACAUCUGGGUGUUCCAGUUCUGCCUGGUGAUAGCUAGCUGCCAGUACUCACUGCUCAAGAGUGUCCAACCAGAUUCUUCCUCUCCCAGACAUGGUCAUAAUCGUAUCAUUGCCUACAGUAGGCCAGUUUACUUCUGUUUAUGUUGUGGUCUUAUUUGGCUCCUGGAUUAUGGCAGUAGAAACCUAACUACAAGCAAGUUCAAAUUGUAUGGAAUAACUUUCACCAAUCCACUGAUGCUUCUGUCAGCCAGGGAUUUGGUUAUCGUGUUUACACUCUGUUUCCCAAUAGUAUUUUUCAUUGGUCUCCUGCCUCAGGUGAACACGUUUGUAAUGUACCUUUGUGAACAAUUGGAUAUCCAUAUCUUUGGUGGGAAUGCCACCACCAGCCUGCUAGCAGCGCUGUACAGUUUUCUCUGCAGCAUUGUGGCCGUUGCCUUGCUGUAUGGGCUGUGCUAUGGAGCUUUAAAGGAUUCAUGGGAUGGCCAGCACAUUCCAGUGCUUUUUUCUGUUUUUUGUGGUUUGUUAGUGGCCGUGUCCUAUCAUCUCAGCCGACAAAGCAGUGAUCCCUCUGUACUCUUCUCUUUGAUGCAAUCCAAGAUUUUUCCAAAAACUGAAGAGAAAAACCCAGAAGACCCUCUAUCUGACGUGAAAGACCCACUGCCAGAAAAGCUUAGCAAUUCUGUUAGUGAGCGUCUGCAGUCCGACCUGGUGGUGUGUGUCGUUAUUGGCGUGCUGUAUUUUGCUAUCCAUGUCAGCACGGUGUUCACAGCACUACAGCCUGCUCUCAAGUAUGUGCUCUAUGCACUGGUCGGCAUUGUGGGCUUUGUCACCCAUUACGUGUUGCCCCAGGUGAGGAAACAGCUGCCAUGGCACUGCUUCUCCCGCCCUCUGCUGAAGACGGCCGAGCACAAUCAGUAUGAAGUUCGAAAUGCAGCCACUAUGAUGUGGUUUGAAAAACUCCACGUGUGGCUUCUUUUUGUGGAGAAGAAUAUCAUCUAUCCACUGAUUGUCCUCAAUGAACUUAGCAGCAGUGCAGAGACCAUUGCCAGCCCAAAGAAACUGGAUGCAGAGUUGGGAGCUUUGAUGAUCACCAUCGCUGGCCUGAAGCUUCUGCGGUCCUCCUUCAGUAGCCCCACGUACCAGUACAUCACGGUCAUCUUUACUGUGCUCUUUUUCAAGUUUGACUAUGAAGCCUUCUCAGAGACGAUGCUGCUGGACCUCUUCUUUAUGUCCAUCCUGUUCAGCAAGCUCUGGGAGCUCCUCUAUAAACUGCAGUUCGUGUACACCUAUGUUGCACCCUGGCAGAUCACGUGGGGCUCUGCAUUCCAUGCUUUUGCCCAGCCCUUUGCGGUGCCCCACUCGGCUAUGCUGUUUGUUCAGGCAGUGGUAUCAGCCUUAUUCUCCACGCCGCUAAACCCCUUCCUAGGUAGUGCCAUCUUCAUCACCUCCUACGUGAGGCCCGUGAAGUUCUGGGAGCGAGACUACAACACAAAACGUGUGGACCAUUCAAAUACAAGAUUGGCUUCUCAGCUUGAUAGAAAUCCAGGGUCAGAUGACAACAAUCUGAAUUCCAUCUUCUACGAGCAUCUAACCAGAUCCCUGCAGCACAGUCUUUGUGGGGAUUUGCUGUUAGGAAGGUGGGGAAACUAUAGUACCGGGGACUGUUUCAUCCUUGCCUCUGACUAUCUCAAUGCAUUAGUACACCUGAUAGAGAUAGGCAACGGCCUGGUCACUUUCCAGCUGCGGGGACUUGAAUUCAGAGGUACCUAUUGUCAACAGCGAGAAGUGGAAGCCAUCACAGAAGGUGUGGAAGAAGAUGAAGGAUUUUGCUGCUGUGAGCCUGGCCAUGUUCCUCAUGUGCUGUCCUUUAAUGCUGCAUUUGGCCAGCGCUGGCUGGCUUGGGAAGUGGUCGUCACUAAGUAUAUUCUGGAGGGCUACAGCAUCACUGACAACAGUGCUGCUUCCAUGCUUCAGGUCUUUGAUCUCCGCAGAGUCCUUACCACGUACUAUGUCAAGGGGAUCAUUUAUUACGUCACAGCCUCCUCUAAGUUAGAGGAGUGGCUUGCGAAUGAGACAAUGCAGGAAGGACUGCGUCUGUGUGCAGACCGAAAUUAUGUUGACGUGGACCCGACUUUUAACCCAAACAUUGACGAAGACUAUGACCAUCGUCUGGCAGGCAUAUCGCGGGAGAGUUUCUGUGUGAUUUACCUCAACUGGAUAGAGUACUGCUCUUCCCGGAGAGCAAAGCCUCUAGAUGUGGACAGAGACUCUUCCCUGGUGACUCUUUGCUAUGGACUCUGCGUUCUGGGCCGGAGGGCUUUGGGAACGGCCUCCCACCAUAUGUCCAGUAACCUGGAGUCCUUCCUCUAUGGACUGCAUGCCCUGUUUAAAGGGGACUUCAGGAUUUCCUCAGUCCGAGAUGAGUGGAUUUUCGCUGACAUGGAACUGUUGAGGAAAGUAGUAGUACCUGGAAUCCGUAUGUCCAUUAAACUCCAUCAGGACCAUUUCACUUCUCCAGACGAGUAUGACGACCCCACUGUGCUCUAUGAAGCCAUUGUGUCUCAUGAAAAGAACCUAGUGAUAGCCCACGAAGGGGACCCAGCUUGGCGGAGUGCAGUGCUCGCCAACUCCCCCUCCUUGCUGGCUCUGCGGCAUGUCAUGGACGAUGGCACCAAUGAGUACAAGAUCAUCAUGCUCAACCGGCGCCACCUGAGCUUCAGGGUCAUCAAGGUGAAUAAGGAGUGUGUCCGAGGUCUCUGGGCAGGGCAGCAGCAGGAGCUGGUUUUUCUCCGGAACCGGAACCCCGAGAGAGGCAGCAUCCAGAAUGCAAAGCAGGCGCUGCGGAACAUGAUAAACUCGUCUUGUGAUCAGCCUAUUGGCUACCCGAUCUUUGUGUCACCCCUGACAACGUCUUACUCUGACAGCCACGACCAGCUCAAAGAAAUUCUUGGGGGACCAAUCAGCUUGGGAAAUAUCCGGAACUUCAUAGUGUCCACUUGGCACAGGUUAAGGAAAGGUUGUGGAGCUGGCUGUAACAGUGGUGGCAAUAUUGAAGAUUCUGACACUGGAGGUGGCACUUCCUGUCCUGGUACCAACGCAGCCACAGUCAGUGAUCCCCACAGCACCGGGUCCCAAGGAAGCGCUGGAAACCAGGGACAGGCAGCAGGAUCAGGGCUGCACCCACCCACCACAUCGUAUCCUCCAACACUAGGCACUAGCCACAGCGCCCACUCGGUGCAGUCCAGUCUGGUCAGACAGUCCCCAGCUCGAGCCUCCAUGGCCAGCCAGUCAUCCUAUUGCUACAGCAGCCGGCACUCGUCCCUCCGGAUGUCCACCACGGGGUUCGUGCCAUGUCGGCGCUCCUCCACCAGCCAGAUAUCUCUUCGAAACCUGCCCUCAUCCAUCCAGUCCCGCCUCUCCAUGGUGAACCAGAUGGAAGGCAGCAGCCAGGGCGGCACGGUCUGUGUGCAGCAUGGCCUGCCCUCCUCCAGCAGCUCUAGCCAGAGCAUCCCGGCCUGCAAGCACCACACCCUUGUGGGCUUUCUUGGGGCAGAAGGCAGCCAGAGCGGAGCCCCUGAGGCCCAGCCGGGCAGCACCUUAAGUUCUGCCAACAGUUCCCAUGCCAGAAAGGGAGAGGUGAUUUACAGGGUCCAGAUUGUGGAUCUCAGUCAGAUUCUGGAAGGGAUCAACCUGUCAAAAAGGAAGGAGCUUCAGUGGCCUGAUGAAGGAAUUCGGUUAAAAGCAGGGAGAAACAGCUGGAAAGACUGGAGUCCUCAGGAGGGCAUGGAAGGCCACGUGAUUCACCGAUGGGUGCCUUGCAGCAGAGACCCAGGUACAAGGUCCCACAUCGACAAGACAGUGCUCCUGGUCCAGAUUGACGAUAAAUACGUGACUGUGAUUGAAACUGGGGUGCUAGAACUGGGGGCCGAAGUGUGAGCCUGUGCUGCACCCCUGCGCUCCUUUCUCUGGCUGAGAAAGUACGGUUGCCGAAGUUCACCUGCAGGGACCGCCUGCCCUUCACAGCAGAGACUUGAACAGCGGCUUGGUUAAGCGCCUCCAACCCGACUCCUGUCGCUGUCUCCAUCCCCAAAUAAAGCUGAAAUAUUUUUUUAAGUUAGCUGCAUGAAAAGCAAAAUUCUGUUGGGGCCUGUCUGUGAAAGGCUCUCUAUGCAUUUAUGCUUUAACCCACAGACUCUUGUCUCUAACUCUGAGCUCAUAUUUUUCUAAUUUCAUUGCCAAAAACAGUUGCCAUGGUUUUUGUCGUAGAAAAUGAAAUCCAUUGACCAUGAUUUUUACAAACAGAUCCAUGUGGGAACUUUGGGUUCGACACCUAACAGUAUGAAAGUUUAAUGUACAGUGAGGAAGAUGAUGGAUAGUGGUAGGUUUACCUUAUUCCUUGAAAGCUAAAAACUUUAAUGAAAAAAAACUGCACUAAUUUUUUACAGCAAUGCACUAAAUCUGAGAUUUCUCAGAACAUUUAUUUAUAUAUAAAAAUAAAAUACCAUUAUUUAAAUUGCCUUCAGGAUUAGCCCCUCCCUUUCCUGACACAUAGCCAGCAGGAGCUGCUGUCCCCUUCCUGUUAGUGUGCUGGACUCUGGAGACACACACAUAGCUUCAUCCCUGAUGUUUCCCGGAGCUGGUGACCAGAGGUUCGGCCUGGCGAGCGCCACCACCAGCUGCCCUGUCGCGUCUGACGUGUGCCGCGCGCUCCUCCCAGCUGGUGGCAGGCUCUGUGGAGUUGCUUCUGGAACAUGCUUUUGCUUUGCAAGAAGAUGAAGGCCCAGGAACUUACAGAAAGGAUUUGCCUUUUAUUUGAAGAGUUCCUAGCUCUUGAAGUCAUUCACAUGAAGUUCGGUUUCUCAAGUAAAAUUUUUUCAAACAAAAUGGUCUAUGUGGCGCCGUUCUUGUCCUGCCGUCUCAGCAGAUCUGCACUUUGCUGCCUCUGUGUUUUUUCUAUUACUUGAAUUUAUUUCCUGUAAUUUAUAGUGUAUACCUGUCAUUUAAAAUAUUUAUAACUGUGAAGUUGACUUGAUUCAUAUGUUGUCUCAUAAUUCUGUUGGUUUUUUUUAGGAGCAUGUGUUCAGGGAAGUAUGUACCUUGGUUAACGUGCGGCUGCGUGCGAGCUGCAGUUUAAUUUCACUGCAACUUUAAGCAUUUUCUAAAUGCUUUCAAAUCCCCUUUGUUUUAAACUCCAAAGAAAAUUGCCCCGUCUCCUGAGCACCUGGGAGCCGCCAUCUGUCUCCCCAUGGACAGACGGCAGGAAGAAGCCUGUCAUCCAGCUGAACUGUGACCACUCCACAGUGUGGCCCUGGCCAGUUAACUCAGGGGCUUCUGUGGGAGCUGAGAGGAGAGAGCUGUUGUCCCCACUGACUAGGCUCCUGGUCACAAGUGUCCUAACGGUACAGGAGAUAGGGUGAGAGCUGACAGCAGCCGGGAGGCGUCUCUCCACACCUGUGCUUCUAACCCUGUUGGUUUUUCUCCUUGUUAUUUUAAAAAUCAGUGGUCAUUCAGAACCCAAUGUGCCUUGUACUGACAUUUCCAUAGACUUCAAACUUUGCAAACUUUAUUGUUUAAAAUAUUUGUCAAAUGACUUAAUUGAACCUUUUCAAAAGGAGCCCUUUCUAUUUCUAAAUUGACUACUUUCGAGUGUAUUUUCCUGCUCCUGUUGCUCUAUUCUGUUAGCUCGUGUGCGCAGAUCCUUGCUGUACGGUAUGUUCAGUAGUGGUGAUCUUUCUGAAGCUGGAAAUCCAGUCUGUCUGUCUGUGUUGAAAACUUCCCAGCGAAAUUGUGCUCCCAGAUACUUGUGUGUUCCCUGUUCAAAAAUGGGCUUGAUCUUUUCCUAGGUGGAGACGUGGAGGGUGUGCAAUCUAAAGGGGAGACGAUCCGUCUUGCCACAGAGAAAGCAUCAGAAGAUGAACUUUAGGUGGUUUGGCCAAAGGUCAGAAUUGUAUUUAUGCCUGAUCCCCCUCAUAACUGUUAGGUAUUACAUGCUCUGAAAGUAGGAUUCCAUAUGUAAGAUGGGGUCCUGUAUGGAACAUGUACAUUGAUUUGAGAAAGUUGGACAUUUUUCUUGAAAUAAGAUGUUGUCACCAUAUAACUUUAUUAAAUUUAUAAAUUAGGAACCCAAGAGAAGUCUUGUUUUUAGUUUUAUAAUCUAAAACUGGUGACCUUAAAACCACUUUUCUAAUUUCAGCAGGAGAUAGUGAUAAUUGAAGAUUUGUGUUUUAAGAUUUAAUUUAUUAUAGUUUUUUUUUUCUUCCCAGUAUCCACCUGGAUAGCAAGCUAGUAUUUUAGAUUUUCUGCCCAGCCUUUCUUCUCACUAAAGUACAAAAUUCCAGCAUACUUCAGUGCUUUUAACUAAUUUUGCAAGUAAUUAACUUUCGAUUUCCUUUAGAUACAACCGUAUGAGUGAAGUCCCUGACUUUCUUAUCUCGCCCCACUUUGAGAGGACAAUCCUGGAAUGGCCUUGAUUUCAUCUUCAGUGACAAAAACAAAGUCUAUUUUGUGUCCCUAAACUGGGGCCUCCCUUUCUACACCAUUUUCAGGAGCUGAUAAGACUUUUUGCUAAGGAGCUUUACUUUUUUGUCCGUGAGUCUAGAUUACCAUGCAGUGAUGCUGCAUUUGGGACUGGGGAGGGUGGUGAUGGGGGAGGGGGGGACUUUACAAGAAGACAGUAAUUACUUUCGAGGUGAGGGAGAGGGAGCAAGAGUUCAGUCUUCUGACUCUGUCUCCGCUAGCAGGGAAUAAAGGUCCAUUAGAUUGGAGGUGUUUUGAAAAUUUUUUUUUCAAGUAUAUUGAUGAUAAUUCCAGUCUUUGAACGAGAAGAUAGCAAACAAUAUUUCUCUCUUGAAAGACACCUAGAGAGUGACUCUGGGUACUGACUGUCAAACAGUGCAUAUGCAAUCUUGUAGGAAACAUAACUCACUAUGAACACUUUGGAGAUUAGUUUAUAUUUCUAUCUCCUAUCAAAAUAGAAAACACAGCUCACACUUGAGCAAGGGACACAUUGCCUAUGUAAAUUCUGCCCCGUUUCCUGCCAGCACCUUUAUGCCUCAGCCUAGAACUUACACGAUGGGUUGCUGUCUUGAACAAUUCAUCAAAAACUGGGUAUCUAAUGUUUGCCCAGUGCCUAAAAUCAUCUCUCUUUUUAGCUAAAUUUCUAGCAUCCUUUGUUCUAAAUAUGUAACUCGGGGAAAAAGGUGGUGUGUGAGAUCUCUUUGAAUUUCUGUUUACUAGCUACUUAAAUACAAACUGCUGUCCAGUUUAAUUGCUCUUAGAUUUAAAACACUUCCUCACUGAUACAAGCAGAUUUAUCUCUGGGUUUUUAUUUGUAGGUCAUCAGUAUUCUUUCUCAUAUCUUUAAUAGUCGUGUAAAGUCACUUUGGACACAGACCCACUCAACUUUUCCCUGUGGGACAGUACUGUUCAGAUAGGAUCAGUCCCUUCUAGAGGCAUUUUCUGUAACUCCAAAACCAGUUGAGACUCAAACAGUGCGUGGAGCCUGUUGAUAGCCUUUGAAUUUUCUGUCGCAGUCUUGGAUGGAUAUUGAGUUUUACUGAUCAAGAGGAGGUAAAUUAGAUACUGCAGUGUAUGUUUAGGUGGUAUAAAUUUUAAUGUGUUGGAUAGGAGGCAUUUUUAAAAAUAAGUGUUUAAAGCCAGCCCUUUUCUUCAUUUCUCUUUCACAAUCAUCUAGUUGAUGCACACCCAAGCCAUCUCGGUUGAAACGCGUUGCCUAUUCACAGGCUGUAGUUGGAAAGCGAGUGGUUAUCAACUAGGUCCGGAAGGAUCUACCCUUGCUUGAAUACGGAGGUCUGUUUUGUGAUGAGGCACCUCCCCGGAGUCACCAUGCGUGAGCUGAGGAUUUCUUUCUUGCCUCGGAACAGCUGUUCUUUCUGCACUGGGGCAGACGCUCACCUGUAAGCUGAACAUCCUGAUGUCUACUUUGUGGACUCAGCAUAGAGGUGUCUGGGGAACUCAAGCUGGUGGCCAUGUAGGCUACCCACAGCUCUGACGUCACGCCACACCUAUUGUAUAGGCUCUCCCUUCAUUAUGAUUCAUUGGAACCGAUAGGAGGAGCAGAGGUCCUCCGACAGGUAGUGAGGAUGAAUCCCUGCCACCUGCACACUGGCCACGGAGGAUGUGAUGGCUGCUCCAGAUGACUCUUGGGUUUGGUGUGCUUGUCUUUGGACAGAAUUCUCUGUAUUUGAAGCUUGAGUCUGAAAUCAGAACAACAGAAACAGGGAGGGUCGUAUUGGCAUGUGCUUUUUUUAAGCAACAGGUUCAGUAAGUUGUCAACACUGGUUACGUUAACCCUGUGCACUCCUGGCAGUGAGUUCCGCAUGAGGACAGGGAGAGGGCAUGUUGGGAAUAGUUGCGGGUGAGUGGGCCCGUGGGAGGAGUGUGGCUUUGCCUUUUCUGAUCAUGGGCUCUCAAAGGUCAUUGCCUUCACGGCAUUCAGUAACCAGAGAUAAGGAUAUGACGUGUCCUUGCGCGUGCGUGUUUGUGCGUGUGUGAGUAUUACUAUAAGCAGCUUGUAAACACUGCAGUUGUUUAAAAUGGAAAUAACAGCCAAGAGGUCUUUUGACAUAUAUUGAUCAGAAAAAAGACAGUAUUGACCAUGGAUAAAAACAGGAAAUAAAUUUUUUUCAUUUUG